CGCACAACAAAGUUUUCAAAAUAUCUUUACAUCAUAUUAUCUCAACAUAUAGUACAAUAUUUAAUAGCAUUUAUUAUGGAUAUUUCGGCAUGGAUGGAUGUUGCAUUACAAAAAGCUGAAGAAUCUUUAAGAGCUGGUGAAGUUCCAGUAGGUUGUUUAUUUAUAUAUAACAAUGAAAUAAUUGCAACUGGUAAUAACACAGUGAAUGAAACUUGUAAUGCAACUCGUCAUGCAGAGAUAAAUUGCAUCGACCAAGUCUUAAAGUUUUGUAAAGAAAAAUGCUUACAAUACGAAACUGUAUUUCGUAAUUUAGAUGUAGUUGUCACGGUAGAACCAUGCAUAAUGUGUAUAUCGGCAUUACUUCAACUACAAGUACACAGUAUUAUAUACGGUUGUGCGAAUGAUCGAUUUGGCGGUUGCGUCAGUGUUCUCGAGGUACCAAAAUUUUAUGAUCCAAAAGUACUGAUACAAGGAAACGUUAAGAAAGAGCAGGCUAUGAAAUUACUUAAAGACUUUUACAAGGGCGUAAAUCCAAAUGCGCCUGACUCAAAAGUUAAAAGAAAAAAAGAAACUUUGUUAACAGAGAAAUAAUUCUUAUUUUGUCAUUUUUUAGUAUCUUUUACGUAUAUUUAUUUUAUGAAACAUUUUUUACAUACAUGAUUCAGUAUGUUACACGAAUAUAAAAUAUAUUUAUUUCCAUUUUUUAAUAAUUAUGUAAUACAUUGCGCUAUAGCAUAGAAUAACUUGGAGUUUUUUUAUAAUCUUUUAUACAUAUGUGUACU